CUCGAUUAAUAAUAUAAAAAAUUCUUCAUUCCUUUUUUCUUUUAGUUUCUUUUUCUUUUCUCUCUUUUUUUCUCUUCACCUUACAUUAAAAAAAAAUGUCUUUCGAUUCGCUUACUCAAGGAGAUAAUGUAUUGUUUGUAGCACCUGCUACCGUUGACCAGAAUAUUUUUGUUCAAGUUAAGAAUUCUGCACAAGAACAAGUUGGUCCUUCUGGCCAAACUGCUUUCGAAGUCUUUGAUAGAGUAUCUGAAGCUCCUUUGGCUAAAUCAAUCUAUAACACUAUUUACUCAAACUUAUUUUCGCCUUCUGUUUCUAUUCAUUCACCUAGUGUUUUCUCCCGUUACUUGUCUACUUUAGCUGCUGGUGGUCGUUUAAUAUUAGAAGAAGUUGUUUUGCUAGUUGAUCUAGCCAAUACUGUUUGUCCAAUUACCCGCAAAUCAGAAGACCUCGAAAGUAUGCUGAAACUUGCUGGUUUUGUCGAUGUACGUGUUACCAAUAUUGCUCCCGUUUCUGACGAGACCUUGGCUGCUUACUUUCGUUUAUGGGGAACAACCAAGGUUGAACAAGGUGUUGCUCGUUUAUCAGGUAAAUUUGGUGUGGCUCAUAUUGAAGCCAAGAAGCCUGCUUAUGAGGUUGGUCAAAAGAUGACCUUGAAUUUCAAAAAGAAGGCCAACAACAAAAAGGCUGUUUGGGCAGCUGCCAACACAGACGAUCUUGAAGACGAGGAUGCUUUAUUAGAUGAGGCCGACAUGGUUAAGCCUAGUAGGGAGUCUUUGGUUAGACCGGAUGAUUGUGAAUUGACUGAUGGAAAAAGAAAGGCAUGUAAGAACUGUACUUGUGGAAGAGCAGAAGAAGAACAGGCAGAACAAAACAAUGUUGUAUCAUUGGACUUGAUGGAUGACAUUCAAGAUGAAGUUAUUGAAGUUGACCCUACACCAAAGAAGACAGGUGGUUGUGGUAGUUGCGCUUUGGGUGAUGCUUUUAGAUGCUCCACAUGCCCUUAUUUGGGUAUGCCCGCAUUCAGUGCAGGUCAGAAGAUUGCUUUAGGUGGCAUGUUUGCUCAAGAUGACAUUGAAUUUUAAAUACCUUUCUUUCUUUAUUUUCAUUCUGUAUUUCUUUAAUUAUACACCUACCUGUAAUCAAUUUGUAUCAUAUACUUUUUAAAAGAAUAAACCAAAAAAAAAAAAAAAAAA